AGACCAGGAAAGGAUAAUGGUCUGCUUACGGUGAGUAAUCCGGCAUAGGGAAGUUUCUUGGUGAAGGAGGCCAGCAACUUGUGCCAGAGGGGCUGGUGUAGUACGCGGGGCAGGUUUAUAAGAGGGCGCCAUGUUGCUGUUAUCGGCCUCCAUGACAUCUUCUUUCCUCAGGAUUCAACACCAGAAAGACCCUUCAUCAGUUAUUCUCAGUCAUCCCAAAUGUCUCCCGGACGGCGCUAUGAGGCUUCCGGGCCGGCGAAUCCCAGUGCCCUCGGCCAGCCCCUGAGUUUCCAUUUCUCCGGAAGGACGGCCAAGAACCGGCUGAUGAAGGCAGCCAUGAACGAGAAGCUGGCGAGCUGGAGUGACAACGACAUGCAGCUGAACGGUAUUCCAACCAAGCAGUUGAUCGAGCUGUACCGCCGCUGGGGAGAGCGGGCGAGCAACUGGGGAAUGAUCAUAACGGGCAACAUUUCUAUUGAGCUCGACCACCCCAUCUCGCGCGGAAACGGAGCCAUCACACUCGAGUCGCCCUUUGCAGGGGACCGCUUCGAGGCGUUCAGACAGCUUGCUUCGGCCGGCAAGGCCAACGGUUCUCUGAUUAUUGCGCAGAUGAACCACCCCGGCCGACAAGCGAGCGCGGAUGAUCAGCCGCAUCCCAUUUCGGCAUCGGCGGUGCAGCUGGCACCGACCUUCGGCACCACGUUCGGAGAGCCCCGCGCCGCAACAAAGGCCGAUAUAGCACGCAUCGUGGCCUCGUUCGGCCACGCGGCGCAGUACCUCGAGCGGGCCGGGUUUGACGGGAUGGAGCUCCACGGGGCGCACGGAUACCUGCUGGCGCAGUUCCUCUCCAAGACGACCAACCAGCGGACCGACGAGUACGGCGGGUCCGUGGCGAACCGAGCGCGGAUCCUCGUCGAGGUGGCGCGCGAGGCGCGGCGCCGCACGUCGGCGGGUUUCGUCCUGGGCGCCAAGCUCAACAGCGUCGAGUUCCAGGAGGGCGGCUUCACGCCGCAGGAGGCGGCCGAGCUGUGCGCCAUCCUGCAGGACGAGGUCGGGCUCGACUUUGUGGAGCUGAGCGGCGGCACGUACGAGCGCAUGGCGCUGCACUGGGAGAGGGAGAGCACGCGUCGGCGCGAGGCCUUCUUCCUCGAGUUCGCCGAGCUGGUCGUGCCCGCGCUGGGCUCGCCCGACAGGCGGCGCACGAGGGUCUACCUGACGGGAGGGCUCCGCACGGUGCCGCGCAUGGUGGAGGCGCUGGAGCUCGUCGACGGCGUGGGCAUCGGGCGCCCCUCGACACAGGAGCCGCACCUGGCCGCCGACAUCCUGGAGGGCCGCGUGGCGGGGGCGGUCCAGCCCGUCGAGCCGUUUGACAACGACACGGGCCUCGGCCUCCUUGCUUCCGAGGCGCAGAUGGCCGACAUUGGCGAUGGGGGUGAACCGUUUGACCUGAGCAACCCGGAGGACGUGGCCGCGUUCCAGAAGGACAUUGCGGCUUUCUUCAGCAAGCCUCACGGCGGACCCAUCAGAUUCGGGGGCGAGGGGAGAGCUUGAUAGACUUGCCAGGCUGCAUGGAAGUGUGGAGGUUGGGUUAUUACCUGUUCGGGAGCUUGAUGAGCGACAGCUGUAAGGGCCUGACUCAGCUCCCCUGGUUGCCGCCGUGGCCUAGGCUCGGCAAGAACGGUAGGUGGUAUGUGAUGGUUCGAGCACAAUAAGACGUCAUUAUUCUACAGGUCCCAGGGAUCACCAACUCUAGUGCGGUGAAUGCUGGAUACAUUUUCUUCCUCAGAAAACCAAGUCAAACUGAUGUACC